AUGGCGUGGGCCGAGCCACGGUCCCGUCCAGACCCAAAGCCUAAACCAAAACUAACACCUCACAGUCCACGCACUCAGGACACUUUUUCAUCAGCUAUCCAUCAAGUCCAGCCUCCAGUUGUACUGCCCCUCCUUCUUCUGCUGGCUGCCUUUGCUGACCUGGGUAUUGCUGGUCCUCUGCAGCCGGCUUGCCCCCCUCUCCUUUCUGGACAGCCUUUCAUCAUCUUCUGGGGCAUCCCCGACUCUUCCUGCUCAGGUCGGCCAGAUCCUAGAUCUUUCGGGAUGGAACAGGAGGGCCGCGUGGCCGUCUUUUAUGAGGACACGCUGGGGAACUACCCUUACUUUAUAGACAAAGACACACCGGUCAAUGGGGGGCUACCACAGCACACACGGCUGGACAACCACCUCCAGAAGACACAGCAGGACUUGGAGGCAGCUUUACCUGCCCCAAGGUACCUUGGGCUGGGGGUGCUGCGCUGGGCAGAGUGGGUCCCCCAGUGGUCAAGGAACCGAGAGAGGCAGGCGAUGUAUCUGGAGGCAUCGAGAGACCUGCUAAAAACUUUCUUUCCUAACUGGACCCCGGAGGAGGUGGAAAAGUGGUCACAGGUGGACUUCGAAGCAGCAGCCCAAUCAGUAAUGACGGAAACUCUUCGAGAGGUCAAAAGGUUAAGGCCCAAAGCAUUAUGGGGCUUCUCCCCUUACCCCAGCUGCUACAAUGGCGAUCCCACCCAAACCAUGUUGGCCAAUUACACCGGCCAAUGCCCUGCUGCGGAGAUGGCCCUCAACGACGAGCUUCUGUGGCUAUGGAAACGAUGCUCCGCCCUGUACCCUCUGCUCACCCUGGAGAAGCUGCAGUGUGGGACCUCUGGAGCCAGGCUUCACUUGUCCAGUCAAAUCAGAGAAGCACUACGAGUAUCAUCUCUGACUGGGACUGCGUCGGAUCUUCCUGUGUUCCCAUUGGUCAAGAGUGUCUAUGCAUCAACUAACACUUUCCUGUCACAGGCAGACCUGGUUAGCACCAUAGGAGAGAGUGCUGCCAUGGGAACAGCUGGAGUUGUCAUCUGGGGGAAGAGUGAGACUAAGACAGAGAGAGAGUGUCAAGACCUGGCAGAGUUUGUCCACAAGGUCCUGGGACCCUACUCCAUCAACGUAACCGCGGCAACUCGACUCUGCUCAGCCUCUCUCUGCCAGGGAAAGGGUCGUUGUGUCCGUCAAAAUCCAGAGAGCUCCGUCUACCUCCACCUCCCACUGACGUCCGAAGUGGUGGAGAAGGUGUCGGAAAAGACAUCAUUAGUCCUGAAUCCCACUUCUACAAUAAGACACAAAUAG